AUGGCAACUGCUAAUCGAACUAAAGAUGUACAAUCAUACACUCUUGUUUCAACAGCUCCUUCUCUUCCUUCUACACCUCUUUCACGAGAAGAUACUAAAGAUGAUUAUUAUUAUCCGAGGCGAGGUAAAGCAUGGUUACCAUCAACAAAUUGUACUUGUCUUUCGUCAUUACUGGCUGGAUUCGCUUUAAUAGCGUUACUAACUAUGUCAAUUGUUAUUCCAAUAAUAGUGACACUUUCAACUAUGACGAAUGAAAUGUCAUCAACGACAAAUACUACUUCUAUCAUGACCUCAUCAAGUACAACGACAUCAACUUUAACAACAUCAACAACAUCAACUUCAACAACAUCAACUUCAACAACAUCAACUUCUACAACAUCGACUUCUACAACAUCAACUUCAACAACAUCAACAACAUCAACUUCUACAACAUCAACUUCUACAACAUCAACUUCUACAACAUCAACUUCAACAACAUCAACUUCAACAACAUCAACUUCUACGAUAACAACAACAACAACAGCAACAACAGGCAUUUCUUGCGCAACAGUAUGUACCUCACAAGAAACAUGUGAAGCAGGUGUAUGUGUAGGUAUUGGAUAUCUUUCAUGUACUUUGACAUGGUCUCGGCCUGGAGACGGAGAUCUUGUGCUUAGAACACCAAAUAAUCGUGUUAUUUACUGGAAUAAUAAAGGUCCAUCAGUCAAUACGACACAAGGCUAUCUUGACGUAGAUGAUAAAAAUACAACAGGACCAGAAAAUAUCUUUUGGUCAAAUAGUAGUUCUGUUCCACUGUCAGGUACCUAUUAUGUCUGUUUUGAACCAUAUGAAUUCAAUCCAAAUGCAUCUUUAUCAAAUCGAAUAACAGCUACAGUUAAAGUUAGGCGUUCAACUAGCACUACAUUAUACUUUACACGAAAUUUUACGUCUCCUCAAAGGGAUUAUUAUGUAUGUAAUUAUAAUUCAAUAACUCUCAUGGGCUCAUUCACUUAUCCGUAG